AUGUUCCAUCAUACUUUGGGAGUUCCAAAGCCCAGGAAUGACGAAGAACGGGCGUAUUCCAUUCGUGGACGCCAACCCAACAUCAAAUCUCAGCGAACUGCUGUUGGUGGGGCGUUGUGUGAUACUAAUUUGAUUCCAACAGACAACACGACCAAUUCGAAUCCAAAGGCUCAGAAGGAAGAGAGAUACAGUUUGAGGAAACUCGCCAGAAACUUACUCUUCAAUACCGAACAGGCCCAAGAAUUCAAAGAUGGUUAUGGGUACGAUGCGGCAGAAUACCAGUUCAACAAUGGGAGCUAUCCCUAUGAUACUCACCACAACUAUGGCAAGGUGCACUUAGACGGUAUGCAUUGGAAAAAUCAAGGUUAUAACGAUGAAUAUGAAGACAAUGUGAAUCAGAAAAUACUGGCAGAAGAUUACACUUCCAGAGUGGCCAACAAUUAUGUACAGCCGGUAUCCCGUGACCGGGAGUAUACGAACCAUGUGAACAGUAAAGCAUUACAGAAAAACGAGAGUAUAGUCAAUGGUAGUGAAGUAGCCGCUAAGAUAGCAGACAACAAUCAGGAUUUCAAAAUUGUUGCCAUCACGAGCAUCCCCAAGAAGAUGAGUGUUUCUGCCCUCCUCACACAGAUCUACGGAGGCCCAUUGGAGAAGAUCGACUUGGUGAGGAAAGACAAUUACCAAUUCUACAAUGACGAGAGCUUGUACAAAUUGAACCAACCGGUGAACUGGAGUGAGGUGUCCAUCUUUCUCCAUUUCAACAAAAACGAAGACGCAAAAAGCUUCUACCAGUACUCCAAGUCCGGCCUAUUCCGGGUGAACGAUGUCCAUCUAAAGACGGUUUGGAUCCCGAACUUGGGCGAAGAGAGGCUGUAUGAGGACGAUGAGGACGAGACCCAAAGCCGCGAGGAGAGUCUUUUAGUGUCCAGCUUGAUGACGGGGGAGGAGAAGGCGAGACGAGUGUUGGUGUUCAAGCGGCCAAUCUUCGACAAGAAGUCGAAGCUGGAGAAGAAGAAGCCUGGGUACCCGGACCCGACGAUCAACUACAGCGAGGACUUCGACAUCGAGGAGAUCAAAAAGGACUUUGGGGACUACGGCAAGUUGGUUGAGAUAUUGCCCGUUGUUUCGAGGAAGCUCUGUUUCGGGGUGCAGUACUACGACGUGCGGUCUGCCAUCCGGGUGAAGAACGUCAUCCAGCGGGGCGGGCACGGGCUGGACGGCGACGAGCUCAAUGACCAGGACCUCGAGCUGAGACGCAAGUACAACGGGUGGUACGUGUGGUACGGCAAGGAUCCUGCAGACCGGGCCGUUCCGAGCUAG